AUGGUAUCGACAAAGUCCAUGAAGGCAGCAGAGAUGGCGGCGCAGGCGGCUGGGAAGAACUCCGAGGGGGGCGAUGUAGGGCUCGACGGGGGGUUAGAGGAUCUCACAGAGAUCGAAGGGCUGAGGAAGGUCGUGGAGACGCAAGUAGAGAGGCAGGCGAGGGUCGAGGAGGAGUUGAAUGGUUUGCAGGUGCAAGCCAGAGAUCACGGCCGCACUCUUGACGCGUUGUUGGCAGUAGUGGAGGCGUUGCAGGGGCAGGUGAGCAGCCUGAUGGAGGCUUGGAAGAGAAGCGGGGCAGGAGCUGGUGACGGCGGGAAGCCGCCGGAGGAGGGAGGCGCGGUGGAGGAGGGAUCCGUCUCGGUGGCGUUGGUCGGCGGCCAGGGAGCCGAGCGGAUCUCGGCGGAAGGGGGGCGGCGGCGACCAACCCUAGCCGACCUCCUGUUUCGCUUACGAGCCACGUCUCCUUCGGCCCGACAAGCAAGGAUGGGCUUUUGCCUACCCCAUCGGCACAGGAGGUGGCGCGCGCGUGGUAAGGCCAAGAUGGCCGAGUAUGUGGACCCGGACCUGCAAGCGGGCCUGAAUUGGGAGGAGCUGGUGGAUCCGGAGCAGGAGAUGGAUCGCGGGCCAUGCCCUACGAGCAGUGUGGGCUGGGGACGGAUGGCAGAAGGGAGGAGGGCAGCCUGGUGGGCCGAGCCCGGUGGGAAGGUGGGCCGGGUGGAGGUUGGAGGGAGACGGGUCCCCGACGUUCGGGCAGCAUGGGUUACCCAAGCCCGCAAGGCCAGUUCGACGAGUACUGUGGGCCCCUUCCCUCUUCUGCGAUUCAACGGGGCGCCGGAAAGGAAUCUAGGAGGACGUGGACGGGUGAUCGGAGGCCGAGGAAUGAGUUAA